CCAACGAAAACAAGCUGCCACACUGAAGUGACUUAGCACGCAUAUCUUUUGGUGGUUUUUUAUUCUUUUAUAAGAACCCUAAAAUAAUACAUAAUAUAAUGUAUUUAAAGAAUGAAAUUGUAGUUCCUUCAAGGAACCGCUUAAACCCACGAGGGGAUGUCCGGCAUGAGGAUUCUACAGUUUCCUCUUCUGUCCAGAGCUGUGCUCUCACUGAGGGCAGCACUGGUUGUCUGACCGGUCACAUUGCAACCAUGACGCCUAAACAUUGCUUUCUAGGCUUCCUCAUCAGUUUCCUCCUGACUGGUGUAGUGGAAACCCAGUCAGCCCAUGAAUCCCUGAUGCCUCAGCGAGUACAUUUUCAGUCUCGAAAUUUCCACAACAUUUUGCACUGGCAGCCUGGGAGGGCUUGUACCAGCAACAGCAGUAUCUAUUUCGUACAGUAUAAAAUGUAUGGACAGAGACAAUGGAAAAAUAAAGAGGACUGUUGGGGUAUUCUCGAAUCCUUUUGUGACCUUACCAAUGAAACAUCAGAUAUACAGGAACCUUACUAUGGAAGGGUGAGGACCAUCUCAGCUGGGAUCCGCUCAGGCUGGACCAUGACGCAGCGCUUCACUCCCUGGUGGGAAACGAAAAUUGAUCCUCCAGUCAUGAAUAUAACUCAAGUUAAUGGAUCUUUGUUGGUGAUUCUUCAUGCUCCAGGUUUACCAUAUAGAGACCAAAAAGGAAAAAAUGUAUCAAUAGAAAAUUACUAUGAGCUAGUAUAUCGAGUCUUUAUAAUUAACAAUUCAAUAGGAAAGGAACAAAAGGUAUAUGAAGGAGCUCACAGAGUUGUUGAAAUUGGAGUUCUGGCACCUCACACUGCUUACUGUGUAGUGGCUGAAAUGUACCAGCCCAUGCUAGACAAAAGAAGUCGGAGAAGUGAAGAGAAAUGUGUGGAACUUCCUUGAAGGGUUCUGGAGUGCUCCACAAUAUGGAAAUCAAAACUCUCUGAGAGCGGGAUGGCUCAUGUUUGAAGGAUCUCACUGAAAGUUGUGCUUAUAUUUUCUUGAGGCGGUGUUCACCAUUAAUUACACCUUGGGGAACUCUUUGUUUACCCAUUCUUUCUUCCUUUACAUUUUACUGGUAAACUAAUUUAAGCAACAUGGCUCAAAACAUUAGAAUUUAAAGAGGAGGCAAAGAAUAAAGUCCUCUCUGAAUGCGGAA